CUUCUCUGACCACUCUGGGGCGGCUCCUCCGGACCCGCGGCGCAUCCCCGAUGUAAUCCUUCUGAGCCUAGGACCCAGCGGCUGCCGGGCAGCCCUGGCCCCGCCUCUCGGCGCAUCAGCGCCCGAGGAUUGGCAGUGCGGCUCCGCCUCCGCCAUGGCUGCCGCCCGCCGCCGGGGCUACUAAGUAGCUGCAGGGGUACUGUUCUCCGCUGCGGCUCCCCGGCCGCCCUGUCUGCGGGCGGGUGGCGCAUGGGUCUCCUCCGAGGCGCGCCCCCAUGCGCUCGGGCCAUGGCGCGUCUGGGCGCUGUGCGCUCCCACUACUGCGUGCUGCUGCUGGCCGCGGCGUUUGCCGUCUGUGCCUUCUACUACCUCGGCUCCGGCCGGGAGACCUUCUCCAGCGCCACCAAGAGGCUGAAGGAGGCCCGCGCCGGAGCCCCCGCCGCACCCUCGCCGCUGGUGCCGGAGCUGGCGCAGGGCUCCGUGGCGCCGGCCCCGGGUGCUAAGGCCAAGAGCCUGGAGGGCGGCGGGGCCGGGCCGGUGGACUACCACCUGCUGAUGAUGUUCACCAAGGCGGAACACAAUGCCGCGCUACAGGCCAAGGCCCGCGUCGCGAUCCGCUCCCUGUUGCGCCUCGCUAAGUUCGAGGCGUACGAGGUGCUUAACCUGCAUUUCGUGAGCGAGGAGUCCAGCCGCGAGGUGGCCAAGGCCCUGCUGCGGGAGCUGCUACCGCCCGCCGCCGGCUUCAAGUGCAAGGUGAGCGGGGCCUCAGCCGGAGGUUCCGGGCGGGUGGCUCGGUCAGCGCGCGCGCCCGGCCAGGCUCCAGUGGUCAGGAGGGAGGUGUCUUCGUUGCGCUGCCCACUGCCAACGCCAGUAGAAGCCUAA